GUGCGCACGUCCGAUCCGGAUGCAUCAUGCCCGCAGCCGCCCGACGUCACCCUUGGCGCCCAACUAACCUACACAGCGCAUGUGGGUCCCUGGACGGGACGCGACUACCAGUAGCUUCCCGCCCAAAGAGGUCGGUCGUAUCGUGCCGCUGCCGCUGUCCGUCGGGCUACGACCUUUGCUCGAGCGAGCAAAUAGUGACAGAGACCUAUACCCCACCGAGGUACAGAAAUCUAAAGUCGUUUCUUAGCAGUUUGAUUGGGUGUGUGGCCGGUGCAAUGAGCCAAGGUGAAAAUCCAGGUGGCUCCUCUGUUAGUGAUUGACCGGCAGCUUAGUUUAAUUAGCUCUGCACAUAUGUAUAUAUAUCUCCCUCUAUCCCGCUAUGAUUGCGAUUGCCUGAUUGAUUGAUUGAUUGAUUGAGUGAUCAAUCGAUUGAUUAAGAUCGGUGUGGCAAUGUAUUAGUUUUUUACGAUGACGUGUGUAGAAACAGCCAGGGUCCAACCCCUGUGAGCAAUAGAGUGAUGUUAUCAAUCGGUUCAUUGUUGUGCUGGACGAGGAUCAAUCGAUCGAUCUGCUUGCCUGGUGCGGUGGUGUUCUGAUGAUUAAUUGCUUACGUGGCGAUCAGUCAUGCAAAUUGAUUCUCUUGGGAGAGAGAGGGAGGGCGCGGUUUGUGGGACGUUAGACGACAAGGGACAGCGCGAUAUCGGAGGGUACAUACUGGAGCUUGGUUGGGUAACUGGUGACUUUUCGCGAUGCCGCGUGGCGGAGGGUGAUUGAUUGUUUGUUCGACAAAUGGAAUUCCUUCUAUCCACAGCAAUCUGGGGCAAGUCUUCACCUAAUAAGAUUCGAUUGCUCAUCUCUUGACGACCGGCUCGACCUUCCGCUCUCAGCUGUUGUUUCCUUCGAGCAGGCGGGCAAUGAUUGACACUGUCGAAGAAGAACUUUGUGUGUGUGUGUGUGUGUGUGUGUGUGUGUGUGUGUGUGUGUGAGAGAGAGAGAGAGAGAGAGAGAGAGAGAGAGAGAGAGAGAGAGAGAGNGAGAGAGAGAGAGAGAGAGAGAGAGAGAGAGAGAGAGAGAGAGAGAGAGAGAGAGAGAGAGAGAGAGGCAAACGGCAUCCCUGGCCGAGGAGGAAGGGGGAGUUGCGAGAGUGCCUUAGUGGACAUUGAGGGCAAGCGGAAGGUCCGGCCACGGUAUAGGCUCGGUCUAUUGUCCGAUCCUUAUGUAGACAUAUAUGUCCGAUCCUUAAAUUCAUUCUUAUAUGUAUACACACGUAGAUAAUAGACUAUAUAUAUAUAUAUACUCACACAUAGGUACAUACGUACGCCGUGAUAUUUCUUUGUCCUGUUUGAUGUGUUCGGGAUGUUCCAGCUGCCCCUGUGCAGAACCUUUUAUUAUUAUCAUCUAGUGAGACGAAGCGAACGUGAGCUAUGGAGUACGGCGGGCGUCGUUUUUUCCAGUUUCAACCGUCGCUGUUCUUAUCAUCAUCCUUUUUUUCCUUUUUUCUGAUUAGUUGGGCGAUUAGUGUUGAGCCGAACUCCGCCUCCUCGACUGCAACUCCCGCAGGGCCGGGGGGUGUUGCUGCGGUGCCUUCUGUUCAGUCUCCUCGGACUUGCGAAUGCUUGAAUGGAGGGCAGUGUACCGACGGCCCUUUGGGCGCGGGAAGGGCGCCGCCAGUCUGCACGUGUCCCGAAGCGAACGCGACCAAUCCCCAUUACUUCCGUGGAACUCUUUGUCAAACGCCGGCUGUCCGAUGUAAUGACACGUGGUGGUGCGAGAAUGGAGGAAUAUGCGAUCGAAUUGCUGAUGGGUUCAAGUGUAAUUGCACAGGAAGUUUUCAAGGCGUCAAGUGUGCGACUCCUGUCCAGAUGUGCGACGAGAACGUCUGGUGCGCUAAUGGCGGGCAGUGCGGAACCUCUGAGAGCAACAGGACUAUCUGCAAAUGCCCCAGCACUCACACGGGUGCCAAUUGCGAAAGAGAGAUUGAAGAUCAGGAUUUAGAGGCUCUAUUGAAUGUUACAGCUACAACCAACAGCACUCUGCCUGUGCAGCCUUUACCAACGGAAGGGAAUUCCAUUCAAGACAAGGCCAAGUAUGUGCGAGUGUUUUUCUUGAUGCUGGGAGCUCUGCUAUUGAUAUGGGCUGUUUCCUUCGGAAUCGUGCAAUAUCGCCGGCGUCUAAAGAACCCUCCCCAGCAAUGGAUUUUCUCUAAGAGCUUUCAGCCUGGAGCUGUAGAAGAUGAGAAAAGCCACAGGUCCAACUCGUUGCUUGGAAAGGACCUGUAUUCUAGUUCAAUUCUUGGUUCACAUUUUGACUUUGAUCUGGGGGGAACGGAUGACAUAGAACUCACCGUCGGAGGAAGGGGUGCUAGGAGUCCCUUCCAUGGUAGUAAGGAUAAGGGCCCUUUCGAGGACAGUAGGGAUCCCUUUCGGUGGGAGGGGAAUGGUUGAGACGAAGGAGGGAGGGUCUAAAGGUUUGCAGAUAACAACCAUUUAAUUCUUGAGAUCUGAGCUUUUAAAAGCAGCCAAAUGUGUCUAUCCUAGUUUGGGGUCCAGGUACUACUGGGGGAAUUCAAUUUAUGUGAAAGAGAAAGGAUGAGGGGUGCUUCUAUGAUGUUGCUGGGCUAAAGGCAGCAGAUCAUUGGAUUCGAUGCAACCCACACACAACACCAGGCAAAGGUUGAAUCGCAUCAUGUUAAAAAGGGUGUGAAAAGGUAAGCCAGGCAUGGGAAUCGUAGCCGUAAACUUGGAAAUGGUGUAAAGAGCCUUGGAUAGAACCAGGGGGUAUGCACUGGUAGCCAGUGGGAGGAGGGUUUCGAGGGCCCUGAUGGAUGGCCUAUGGUGAGAAAGCCGUUGGAAGAUUGCUGCCUGUGGGGGGGGGAGAGGGAAAAUGAAGUGUUUUCUUUGUGUGUGUGCAUGAGAGAGAGAGAGAGAGAGAGAGAGAGAGAGAGAGAGAGAGAGAGAGAGAGAGAGAGAGGACGAAAUGGGAAGGGGAGGGGAAAGGUACAAAUGCAUGCUCUAUCACACACACGAGCGAGAGAGAGAGAGAGAGAGAGAGAGAGAGAGAGAGAGAGAAGAAGAAGAAGAAGAAGAAGAACCCUUCUGGUGGGAAGCAGUGACUGUUGUAUUUUUGCCCUCUUUUUUCAGGGUUGGAAUAACAAUGCAUGGAAGAUUGCGUUUCUGUGGUUGGCCAACCUGCUAUUUGUGAACUCGUGCCGUGACUGAAUCUUACCUGUUAUAGGUUUUGGCAGAGAGAGAGAGAGAGAGAGAAGAAGAAGAAGAAGAAGAAGAACCCAUCUGGUGGGAAGCAGUGACUGUUGUAUUUUUGCCCUCUUUUUUCAGGGUUGGAAUAACAAUGCAUGGAAGAUUGUGUUUCUGUGGUUGGCCAACCUGCUAUUUGUGAACUCGUGCCGUGACUGAAUCUUACCUGUUAUAGGUUUUGGCAGUCUUCCUCGUCCAACAGGCUUCAGAACGGGCAUGUCUUUAUGUGCAACGAUUUCGUCGAUGUCCAUGUGUUCAUCCAUGGUUAGGGUUAGCAUCGACCGUCACAAAGGAAACUGAUUUGUCUCAGCGAAUGCUGCAAGUUUAG